UAUAAUAAAGAUUACAUGGGACUGAGACCUCAGUCAUGAUGUUUUCUCAUGGUUUGUAUAGGACUCUGUUGUUGUUGUGCAUUGGACAAUGUUUUGUUGAAAAUCUGAAGUUUCCUGAGUUUAAUGGGGCAACAGGAAAAAGCGUAGAGCUCGCCCCUGAAGACCCACCAUACAUUUCUUCACAGAUUUAUUCAAUUACAUGGACUUUUGGAGGGAUUCAUAUUAUUCUCUCAGACCCUGUUGGAAAUAUUGUACAUCCAGAAUAUAAAGGCAGAGUUGAUCUGGACCCCACCACAGCUGCUCUGAAGCUCAAGAACCUGACACUGAAUGAUUCAGGAACAUACAGGCUGAGUGUAAAAACAAGGGAUUUCCAACAAUAUGAAGGACAAGCUUCACUCAAAGUGUAUGAAACAGUAUCUGACACAGCACUUAUCGGUCCACAAGAAUCAUUAAUAGAGGAAGUAUCAAGUGCUAACAUAACCUGUGAAGGAAGCGGUGACAUCACUUCUGUGGAAUGGAUGAAAGAAAAAAAUCCACUGACACCCAGCAACAACAUCACCUUCUCAUCUGAUAACAGAUCAGUGUUGAUCAGUCCAGUGAUCAGAUCAGACAGUGGAGAAUAUCAAUGUACAUUAAGAAACCCUGCCAGCUCUGAUACUGCAAACCUCAGACUUAUUAUCAACUAUGGACCAGAAGAUGUUUUUAUUGAUGGUCCGAAUGAAGCGGCUUUAGGCAGUCCUGUGUCGCUGUCUUGCUCUGCCACUUCUGUACCUUCUGCUUCAUUCACCUGGAGGUUUAAUGGAUCAAACACCAGUGUAACCACAAACACAUUUACCAUUGAUAAGAGUGACAUCACACACAGUGGAGAUUACAUCUGCACAGCCCACAAUGAUGUCACAAAUAUAAAUGUCUCUCAAAGCCAUCUGUUAGUAGUUAAAGAAGGUGGUGGAGGUGGAGGGCUGACAACCGGAGCAAUAGUUGGGAUUGUCAUUGGAGUUUUAGUGGCAGUUGCAGGCAUUUGUGGUUUGAUUUUCUACUUUAUAAAACAAAGACAACGUGAGUAA